AGCGUACAAAAAAAUGGCACAAGCAAUGGGAAUGGGUCCAGGUGGACAACCAGUGAUGGUAAUGAAUACAGCAGGUCCAGAGAGACAAUCUGGCCGUAAAGCCCAAAUUUCAAAUAUAACAGCAGCAAAGACAGUAUCAGAUAUUAUUAGAACUUGCUUAGGACCUCAAUCUAUGCUUAAAAUGAUUUUAGAUCCAAUGGGUGGUAUUCUCCUUACAAACGACGGACACGCAAUUCUACGUGAAAUCGAUGUAGCACAUCCAGCCGCAAAGUCCAUGAUUGAACUUAGUCGUACGCAAGAUGAGGAAGUAGGUGAUGGUACUACCAGCGUUAUCAUUUUAGCCGGUGAAAUUCUCGCCCAAUCUUCUGGUCUUCUCGAGAAGAACAUCCAUCCAGUACAGAUCAUUCAAUCAUACAAGCUUGCUCUCGCUGAGGCACUCAAAACUAUCGAGAGUAUUGGUCAGCCAUUGAACAUCGAUGAUGAGAAGGAAAUGUUAGCCUUGAUCAAGACCAGUAUUGGUACUAAAUUCGUACAAAGAUGGUCAGAACUUAUGUGUAAACUCGCACUUGAUUCUGUUAAAAUUGUCGCAACAUCUGCCAAAGACAGCGCAAACAAUGAUAUUAAAUCAGUCGAUUUGAAGAGAUACGCCCGUAUUGAGAAGGUCCCAGGUGGUGAUGUUGAAGACAGUCAAGUUCUUUCUGGUUUAAUGGUCAACAAGGACGUUACACACCCAAAGAUGAGACGUAAGAUUGACAACCCACGUGUUAUCCUUCUCGAUUGUCCAUUAGAGUACAAGAAGGGUGAAUCACAAACAAAUAUCGAGAUAUCAAAAGAAGGUGACUGGGAGAAGAUCUUGGCUAUUGAAGAGGAACAAAUAAAGCAAAUGUGUGAUCACAUUUUACAAUUCAAGCCUGAUUUAGUUUUAACUGAAAAGGGUGUUUCAGAUUUGGCUCAACACUACCUCGUGAAAUCCAACGUCACCGCAUUGCGUAGGCUGCGUAAGACUGACAAUAACAGAAUUGCUAGAGCUACAGGUGCAACUAUUGUUAACCGUGUUGAAGACCUCAGAGAAAACGACGUUGGUACAAAAUGUGGUAAAUUUGAAGUAAAGAAAUUAGGUGAUGAGUACUUCUCAUUCCUUACUGAAUGCGUUGAUCCAAAGGCAUGUACUAUCCUCCUUAGAGGUCCGUCAAAGGAUAUAUUAAAUGAGAUCGAAAGAAACCUCCAAGAUGCUAUGUCAGUUGCAAGAAAUGUAGUAUUUAACCCACUUCUCGCACCUGGUGGUGGUGCAACUGAGAUGGCAAUCAGCGUUGCUUUGAACACACUCGCAAAAUCCGUUCAAGGAGUUGGUAGUCUUGCUGUCAAAGCAGUCAGUGAGGCUAUGGAAGUUAUACCAAGAACACUCGUCCAAAAUUGUGGAGGUAAUACCAUUCGUACAUUGACAGAACUCCGUGCAAGACACAACAAUGGUCUUGUCAGCCAUGGUAUUGAUGGCGAUCUUGGUAAGGUUGUUGAUAUGAAGGAGUAUGGAUUGUAUGAGUCAGCAGCUGUCAAGAUUCAAACCAUUAAGACAGCAAUUGAGAGCGCUAGCUUACUCUUGCGUGUAGACGAUGUCGUUUCUGCCAGAAGACUUGAACAAGCUGGUGGUGCGGGUAUGAUGCCACCAGGUGAAAUGGCCGAGGGAGCUGAGCAAUAAGGGUUUUCUUUCUUUUGUUAAAUAGUCAUAAAUGAAAAAUGGUAUAUCAGAAAAUGAGAAAUAAGAAAAGAAUUACAAUUUGUCAUGUCAUUAAUUCCAAGGUUGCGAUAUGAGUAACUGAGUCGUAAUCAGAGCUUGAUACUUAAUUUUUGGAUCUGGGUGUUGAAGUAAUUCCAUUAUUUUCUGCUUAGAUGAGCUGUCGACGUAGGUUUUCGCGUGAUGAAUGAACUUCAGACAUUGGGAUAUAUCGUACAGAGUGAUAUGUAAAAUCUGUUGAUCUUCAGAAUCAAGAAGUGAGAAAAGUCUAUUUAAACCCCAAUUGUUAUCCUUUAAGAGAGCGCCUGAUUGAUUCUUCCAGAAAUCCUCGUCAGUGUGUACAGGUGACCACCUUAGCAAGCCAGACUCUAAUUCUGAGGAGUACUCAUCCCAAUUUGAAAUGCUUGCGAAUGAAGAUUGUAAUUGUUCUGUUAUAGUGUCCAAAUCGGUUUGCAACUCAGCAUCAUUCCACCUACGACUACUGAGGUUGUUAAGCGUCGGUUGUAUAGGCAAAGCUAAGAAUGUUGCGAGUGUUGAUUGCUUGGAAUGCUUGAGUAAGUUUACAAAGAUUGCCAAAACUAGUCUGACUACCUUUUCCUUGAUAGAAGACCUGGCGAGUUGGGCCAAAGGGGGUAUAAUUUUGUAGUCGGAGUUGAUCCUAGCAGAGAGGGACUUGUCAAAUGUGAGCAACCAGAUUGAGUAGAUGAUGUUAUAGUUUGAUUGGAUGUUUGAGUUGUUAAGCUGCUUGAGGAGGACAUCUAAGUGGUCGUAUAUGAAGUGUUUAGCUUGCUUGUGGUUGAGAAGUUGGGUGAGGAUCAGUGUAUAGAAGUCGAGUUCGUUGUCGUCGUUGAGCUGUGAGAGUAUGACGGAGAGAAGCUUAUCUAGAGUAGAGUUUUCGAGAUCAUAGAUGAUAGUGAGUAGUUUUAUUGUUGACAUUCUAACAUAGCUAUCGUUUGUGUCUAGUAAGCCAACAAGGAGUGGUUCAAAUCGUGGCAAGUUUGAGCCAUCGAGGGCGGCGAGACGCUGUAAAUUAUAAAGGGAAUACUUUAUAACGUCUAACUUGUCAAUAUUAGCUAGUAAUUUGUAGAAAAGAUUGUAAUAACUAGUGGUAUCAGCGUAACCAUCGAAGUCGUUCAAGUUUACUAGUAAAUUGUAGUCGUUAUCGUCUAUAAAUUGAGAUCUCUUAUAACCGAUGAAAGGAAUUUCUUGUUUUUUGUAGUCCAAGUAAAAAUUCUGAAUUAGAUUC